UCCUUGAAUAACUUCUGCAGUCAGAUUGGGGACGAUCGCCCGCUGUCCUACUGCCACUUCAGCCCCAAUUCCAAACUCCUGGCUACGGCCUGCUGGAGCGGAUUGUGCAAGCUCUGGUCCGUGCCUGACUGCAACCUUGUUCACACCUUACGAGGCCAUAGCACCAACGUAGGAGCAAUAGUCUUCCAUCCCAAAGCCACCAUCUCCCUCGACAAGAAGGACGUUAACCUGGCCUCCUGUGCAGCUGAUGGGUCUGUCAAGCUCUGGAGCCUUGAAAGUGAUGAACCGGUGGCAGAUAUUGAAGGACACAGCAUGAGAGUGGCACGAGUGAUGUGGCACCCGUCAGGGAGGUUCCUGGGUACUACCUGUUACGAUCACUCGUGGCGCUUGUGGGACUUGGAAGCUCAAGAAGAGAUCCUCCAUCAGGAGGGGCACAGCAAAGGGGUCUACGACAUUGCCUUUCACAUGGAUGGCUCUCUCGCUGGGACUGGUGGACUGGACGCUUUUGGCCGGGUGUGGGACUUGCGCACGGGACGCUGUAUCAUGUUUCUAGAAGGCCACCUGAAGGAGAUCUACGGGGUUAACUUCUCCCCAAAUGGAUACCAUGUCGCAACUGGCAGCGGUGACAACACUUGCAAGGUAUGGGACCUCCGCCAGAGGAAGUGCAUCUACACCAUUCCUGCCCACCAGAACCUGGUGACCGGGGUGAAAUUUGAACCCAACCAUGGUAACUUCCUGCUCACGGGUGCUUACGACAACACCGCAAAGAUCUGGACUCACCCCGGCUGGUCCCCUUUGAAAACGCUGGCUGGCCACGAGGGCAAGGUGAUGGGACUGGACAUCUCCCUCGAUGGCCAGCUGAUAGCCACCUGCUCCUACGACAGAACCUUCAAGUUGUGGACGGCGGAGUAGCUCAGAGGUGCUGUUGAUGAGCUGGAACCGAGAGGUUGAUGGCUUUCAGCUAAG